AUGGGAGUAGAAGGCACGGAUGAAGGUGCUUCUGGAGCCCAGCACUCUAGGAAGUUAGUCAGCUUUACCCUAUCAGAUAUUAGAGCGGUUGGACUUAAAAAAGGCAUGUUCUUCAACCCGGAUCCCUAUCUAAAGAUGUCCAUUCAGCCAGGCAAGAAAAGUACAUUUCCUACAUUUGCUCAUCAUGGCCAGGAAAGAAGGUCGACCAUCAUCAGUAACACCACGAAUCCUGUUUGGCACAGAGAGAAAUAUUCUUUUGUUGCACUUCUAACAGAUGUCCUGGAAAUUGAGGUUAAAGACAAAUUUGCCAAGAGUCGUCCCAUCAUCAAGCGCUUUCUGGGGAAGCUAACCAUCCCAGUUCAGAGACUGCUGGAGAGGCACGCCAUCGGAGACCAAGUUCUCAGCUACAAUCUUGGCAGAAGACUCCCAGCCGAUCAUGUAAGUGGAUACCUCCAAUUCAAAGUGGAAAUCACAUCUUCUGUUCACGGAGAUGCUUCACCUGAAACUGUUGGCACUUUGUUGGGAGUGAACUCUGUCAAUGGAGACUUGGGGAGCCCCUCCGAUGACGAGGACAUGCCAACAGGACAUCACGAUACCUCCACGGUGUGUUCCAAUGGCCCAGUCCUCGAGGAAUCUUCUGGAGAAGCAAUCUUGAGGCACCCUUUAAGGACUAGUGCAACUCUCGAAACGGACCAGGAUGAGUUGACCUCUGGCCUUUCAAGAUCAUCACCUACCAGAGGUCGCCAGGACUCGCUAAAUGACUAUCUGGACGCAAUAGAACACAACAACCAUCCUAGACCCGGGACGUCUGCCUGUGGUGAGCGUCCGCGUGGAGCCUCCCCGAAACUGAGGAGUAGCUUCCCUACUGACACGAGACUUAACGCUAUGCUUCACAUCGACUCGGACGAGGAGGAGCAUGAGCUACAUCAAGACCUGGGGUUUCCAUCUUCCCUGGAAGACGACGGUGGUUUAGUAAUGCUUAAUGGUGCUACAAGAAACGUUGAAAGAAAUGGUUUAAGUGACUCAUCGGAACAGGUAACGCAAGAGCCUGCAGAGACUGAAAAUGUUUCAGCCUCUGAAGCUCCCUUGCCACCAGCUGGUGACCAGCAAGAGACUCUCCCAGAGCUUCUGCCGGCGGAGCUAGCAGGAGGUGAGGUCCUGCAGGGUUCUCAGGCAGAAGCCCCAGCAGAGCAGGGUGACAGCGAGGCAUGUGGUGCCCAGGAGGCAGAGCAGCCUCCCGGCAGCGCGGAUGCUGGAGCUGCCACCGCGGGAAGCAGAAGGGGCGUCAGCGAAACGGAAUCCAUCGAUCAGGGGUCCGAACCUUCCCAGAUGUCAUCAGAAACCGAGCAGAGCGAUCCGGCUCGCACGGAAAGCGUCAGCGAGGCCAGCACCCGGCAAGAAGGGGAGAGUGAUGCGGAGGGGGCCGACAGCUCUUGCAAUGAGAGCGCGGCGGCACGGCGCCCCUCGGUUGAGAUGAGGUGUUCUUCUUUCGAUAGCGCCAAGUUUCCUGAGACUCCGGCCUCUUCCUCGCAGGAGGAAGAAGAAGGAGCUUGUGCCACCGAUGCAGCUAGAGCUGAGCCAGGUGCUGAAACACGGGAUCCUGCAAGUACUUCUGGUUCUCUCCCUGCCGUCCAGUUGCCUCCAGAGGAAGGGCGGGAGGCUGAGGCAGGUGAAUUGCAAGAGCGAGAGGAAGCAGAAGAAAUUUGGCAAAGGAGAAGCAGCCUGCAGGCGGCAGCUGCCGGUAACCAGUCUCAGGAUGAAGAAGUCGAAGGAGCCCAAGCGGCUUGUGAGGGUGCCACAGCGCAGGCUGAAGGAGCUACUGGAGGUGCUCAAGCCAAUGGCCAUCAGCCCUUGAGGUCGCUGCCUUCAGUGCGUCAGGACGUCAGCCGGUACCAGAGAGUGGAUGAGGCUCUGCCACCAAACUGGGAGGCUCGAAUUGACAGCCACGGGCGGAUUUUUUACGUGGACCACGUGAACAGGACAACAACGUGGCAGCGACCCACAGCCCCCCCAGCCCCGCAGAUCCUCCAGAGGUCCAAUUCCAUACAGCAAAUGGAACAGCUGAAUCGCCGGUACCAGAGCAUCCGAAGAACCAUGACUAACGACAGGCCUGAAGAACAUACAAACGCUGUGGAUGGAGCUGGAGAGGAAACUGAGUUUCACCACUCGAAUGCAGAUUUUCGAAGAGAGAAUGUGCUGCCUCACUCUACCUCCAGAUCCAGACUUACUUUAUUGCUCCAGUCUCCCCCUGUGAAAUUCCUUAUCAGCCCAGAGUUCUUUACAGUGCUGCAUUCUAACCCU